GGCGCACGCGCAGAAGCUUCUUCGCUCAACUCAGAACUUUCUCAUCUGCUGAAUCUCAAUCCUCUGCGCAUUUACUCCACAGCGUCCUAUGGCGUCGACCGGUAGCCUUUUUGUCGCGUUGCUUUUGACCGUUCCGCGUGUGUUUUCUUUAGAGUCGAAACGAGACGAGCGCCGUGUUUUCAGUUUAGAUGGGAAAUGGAGCCUGGUCAACUCCAACAAGACGGUCUGUGUGAGUGCGCAGGUUCCGGGAUGUGUCCACACUGCUCUGCAGCAGCAGGGCCUGAUCCAGGAUCCUUACUACAGGUUCAAUGAUCUGUCCUAUCGAUGGGUCUCUCUCGAGAACUGGACAUACACAAAAGUGUUUACGCUGCCUCCAACAAUAAGGGCGAAACAGAAGGUGACUCUUGUCCUGGAGGGGGUUGAUACUGUGGCGACUGUGUGGCUCAACGGUAAAAAUCUGGGAAGCACAGACAACAUGUUUCGACGCUACGACUUCCCUGUCAGUGACGUCCUGCUGGAGGAGGAAAACAAGAUGGAAGUGAGUUUCGUGUCUCCGGUUGUGUACGCAGCUGGACAGAGAGCACGCUCUGCCUACAGAAUCCCUCCUGAGUGCCCUCCCGAGGUUCAGAAGGGAGAGUGUCACGUCAAUUUCCUCAGGAAAGAGCAAAGCUCGUUCAGCUGGGACUGGGGUCCGUCAUUUCCUACCAUGGGGUUGUGGAAGGGAGUUCGUCUGGAGGCGUUUGAUUUGCUGCGGAUCCGCCACAUCUCCUCUGUUCCUCUCUACGAUGUGCAGCUGUCUCAGUGGACAGUCCAGGUGGAGCUCUGUGUGGAGGCAGUCCAGACCACAGAAGUCCAGCUGAAGAUCUCUGUCCCAGAGCUGUCCUCCCAGGAGACGCUGGCCACUCGCUUCCUGCCUGCAACGACGAGGAGCACGUUCACGCUCCACGUAAACACGAGCAGCCAGGUGAAGUUGUGGUGGCCAAGUGGACUCGGCGAGCAACCGUUCUACGUCCUGACACUGCAAGUUCUCUUUGAGGGGUCACCAUUACUGAGCACUGAACCAAAGCACAUAUAUUUCCGUACCGUGGAGCUGGUCCAGGAACCCAUCGCGGGAUCUCCUGGUCUCAGCUUUUACUUCCGCAUCAACGGAAAACCCAUUUUCCUCAAAGGCUCCAACUGGAUUCCAGCUCACGCUUUCCAAGACCGAGUCUCCCUGGAUGUCCUGGAGAACCUGUUGCUGUCCGCGGUGGAUGCUAACAUGAACGCACUCAGGGUCUGGGGAGGCGGAGUCUAUGAACAAGACCAGUUCUACACUCUCUGUGAUCAGCUGGGAAUCAUGGUGUGGCAGGACUUCAUGUUCGCGUGUGCCAUGUACCCCACAGACAAGGACUUUGUUGAGUCAGUGAGGGAGGAGGUCCUGCAGCAGGUCCGCCGUCUGAAGUCUCAUCCGUCCAUCAUUGUCUGGAGCGGCAACAAUGAAAACGAAGCCGCCCUCGCCACGGACUGGUUCGACAUCCCUGUGUCUGAGCGGGACGUCUACAUCAAAGACUACGUGUCCCUGUACGUCCACCACGUUCGAGAGAUCGUCCUGCAGGACGACCCAAGUCGACCGUUUCUGGUCUCCAGUCCGACCAAUGGGUUGGAGUCCGAGCAGGAGGGCUGGGUGGCCUCCAACCCGUACGACCCCCUCUACGGUGACACACAUUUUUACAGCUACACUGCAGACUGCUGGGACUGGACCACCUUCCCCAGAACUCGAUUUGCUUCAGAGUACGGCUUUCAGUCUUGGCCUUCGUUCUCCACCCUGAACCCGGUGUCUGAGGCAGAGGACUGGAGCUACCACUCUCGCUUCGCCUCCCACCGUCAGCACCAUUUAGACGGGAACCAGCAGAUGUUGCAUCAGGCCGCGCUUCACUUUCACCUGCCGAAUUCCACUGAUCCGCUGCGGCAGUUCAGAGACACUCUCUACAUAACUCAGGUGAUGCAGGCUCAGUGUGUGAAGGCUCAGACUGAAUUCUACCGCCGUAGUCGGAGUGAAAUCAUCGAUGGCAAAGGUCACACCUUGGGCGCUCUCUACUGGCAACUCAACGACAUCUGGCAGGCGCCGUCCUGGUCGUCUCUAGAAUUUGGUGGCAAAUGGAAAAUGCUCCAUCAUUUUGCCCAAAACUUCUUUGCCCCUGUUCUUCCGGUCGCCUUUGAGGAUGAAGAGAAGCUCUUCAUUUACGCCGUGUCCGACCUCAGCGACGACCUCUGGCUCAGAGCCGUGAUCUCAGUGUUCUCCUGGAGUAGCCAGGACCCCGUGUGCACUCAGAGCUCAGGUGCUCUACUCGUUCCUGGAGGAAGUGCGGUGCCUGUCUACAUGCAGUCUGUCGACGCCCUGCUGGCGGGAUGCGGUAACUGCAACCGCUUGACCUGCUUGGUCACCUUCCACCUGGAGGACAGCAGGGGGCAGCAGCAGGGACCCACCAACCACCACUUCCCCUGCUCGCUGAAAGACGCUCAGCAGCUUCAAAGACCUAAUAUAACGGUGAAGGUUCUGGAGGUGAAGAAGGAAUUCAGCCUGGUUCUCCACUCGUCCUCCGUCGCUCCCUUCGUCUGGCUCGACGUGGGCCACGUCCCCGGCCGCUUCAGCGCCAAUGGAUUUCUGCUGCUCUCCAGAAACCGGACGGUCACCUUCACGCCGUGGCGUCCGACCACCGUCGCUGAACUCUCCAACGCUUUGAUGGUCACUUCUUUAGCGGAUGUCUACUGAGUCAUGAGAUGCCCUGGCGACUUUGCACACGGCUGACUUCACUUCCUGUGACUUGUGUUUUUGAAACAGGAUGUGAGAUUGUUCCCUACAGAAAGAAUUGAACUUGACAUGAAUAACUAAAUAAAAACGCUGGAUCCAGGAUUCAUCUACAGAUGCGCCACUCUCCGUGUUGCUGAAGAAGCUUCCUGUUCUCCCUGGACUUUCUGUGCGUUGGGUGAGUGUGUUCCAACUCACUGCUGCCCCCUGCUUUCCCAUUGUGCUCAUUGCUAUCAGGGAGGUUUCAAGUGCAAAACCAGAGGGAACCGCUGCCUGUUUACAACACACUGCACUGGGAAAAGUUCCCCUUCCGCACAACAGCUCGGCCAGUCAGAUGUAAAAUGGUCACAUGGAAUUCAUCCAAUCAGCACCCGACAAUCUGUUGCCUGUUGACAUGGUUUUUCACCAGCUGCCACUGUAAACACGGUGUAGAACUAGGUUGAUGUAGUAUAUGUAGGGCAAUAAUUGUGGGAAAGGAAGGUUAUUCCUGGCACUUCGUUUUCCUCCCGCAGUCCAAACACAUUCUGAAGUUAUUCAUUGCCUGAAAAUGUGCCCUUUUUAUUUAAU